UUAGAAGAUGCCUUUGAAUGUUGAGAAUUUACCUAAUGCAACGGGUGGAGUGUAUAGGGGCACACCAAUGAAACUUAAAGAUAAUUGCUGCAACGAGAUUGACUGCAGCGAUGACGAGAGAACCAAGAAUUUUUUCUUGGCUAUUACAAAUCACCAUCAUACGUGUUUUCGUCGGCUACUGGGCCAGCGUGUAGAUAUAGCAAAUAUACGCGACACCAAAAAUAAUUACUCGGCAUUAAAUUUUGCUCUAUAUUGUAGUAACAGUUAUGCACUGACAUAUUUUUUGCAAAAAGGACUAUUUGAAAAUUCUGAUAUAAAUUGGGAUGUUUGCAAUUACCUACACAAUAAUUACGCAAAUACUGUCGAAUGUAUGGAAGUGCUUGCCGAGUUCAAAAUGAUUUCUGAAGAACAGAUAAAUGAAUUUUUAUCACACGCAACAUUGAUGCCUGACAAGUUAAUGCUGGAGUUUUUGAAAAGAGGAUUCCUUUUGUCACUCAAAUCGCCCGUGUUCUUUGUAAAAGUAGUCGAACCAAAUGUUCUAAGUGAGUUAUUCGAUAGUUUCAUAAAGGUGGACGAAUAUAAGGAUAUAACCAUAGACUAUUCGAAUUUUUACAAAAACCACUUCGAAGCCGGAAUAACGAUUGCCACACAAAUGGAGAUCAUCGAAGCCAUCGGCAGUCGGAGGGCGAACAAAAAAUUAUUUGGACAUCCGGUCAUAAACAUUUUUUUGGAUUUUAAAUGGAGAGAGCUAAGUCGCCUAUUUCAUCUUAACUUCUGGCUGUAUAUCUUCUUUGUCUGUUCUUGUGUACCAUAUAUUCUGCUGAAGCUGCAUAACAGUGAAGAUUGGAUCAACAUUUUCUGUUUUUUCACAGCUUUGGGAGUGAUCUAUUUGAUGGUGCGUGAGUGCUUGCAGUUAGCAAUGGACUAUAAGCAAUAUCUGUGGGACCCAUGGAAUUAUAUGGAAUGGGCGAUGAUUGGCUUGGUCAUAGCACUCUGCGUAAACCACACUUUUGACAAGUAUACCCUGAAUUGGAUGUGCUCCCUCACCAUAUUGUUGCUCUCAAGUGAACUGCUGCAAAUGUUGGCCUAUAUGCCAACAUUGUCAUUGGCUUUGCGCAUGCAUAUGUUUCAGAUGGUAAUGAAGAGUUUUUUAAAGAAUUUCGUCUUUUAUUCACUUUUUGUGGCGGCCUUCGGUUUAUGUUUCUACAUUAUGAUUGGCCUUAAUGGCGAACCCAAGGAAAGUGGAUUGAAUGGAUUCAAUAGUACUGUAAAUGUUAUACUCAAGUGCACAGCCCUGAUGAUUGGAGAACUGGAUGCAUCAGAAAUGGAGUUCCAUGACACUUUUUCAAUAGUUCUAUUUUUGGCAUUCAUUUAUGUGGUGACCAUCGUUUUGUUCAAUUUAAUCAAUGGUACUGCCAUUAGUGAUGUUCUGGAAAUUGAAAAAGAUGCCAAAAUAAACGAAGCGCUGCAACGCUUAAAAUUCCUGGCUGCUAUGGAUUUGCAUUACAAGGCAUGGCAAAAAUUGCAUUUUCUAAAUGAUAAUUGUAUUGUUCGCAACUCCCAACGUCUGAUAUUGGACAAGGUCAAAAUAUAUACGAAUACGGGUGAGGCAACUGCAUUUUUCCGCUUUCCUACAACUCAAGAUGAAACGCAUCAUGCACCAAAUACGUUAACGAGAGGAUUAAGCCAAGAAGCUACAGAUAGUCGCACCAAUAUUGACAGUGCAGAAGAUGUUGUUGAACUUGAUCCCCAAGAAACAGAGGCAUUCAUUCAUCAUCAAACGCAACAUGCAACAACUGAUGGGACUAGUGACAAUGACGAAGUCGGUGUUGAAGUUGAGGAAAUUGUAGACAAUGACAAUGAGGAAACCGUUGGUGAAAGUGAACCUCCCGCAUCACCUGCAGAAACAGAGACAUUCACUCACGAUCAAACGCAUCGCAUAUUAAAUACGAUUACGAGUAAACUACGCGACGUAGCAAAACCUUUUCGCACGUGCAUCAACAAUGGCAAUGCAGACGACUUUAUUGAAAUUGAACUUGAAACAUUUAAACGAGAUCGCCAUAACAUCGGACCAGGUUUUUUUGUAUGUGAUCCAAUCGUCCUAGAUGAUCGUACAACUCAAUGCGUAAAGGAUAUAGCAAAAAAAUCGCAGAAUAUGAAGGAUGAUAGAGAGCAAGCUCGAAAUAAAAUGAGAAUGGUAAUCGAAGAGACUUUAGCCUUGUUUUAUUUAAGAACUCGAAACGGCAGUUUACCGAACAUUGAAUGGAAUUGACAUCUAUCCAAUACAAUGAUGUCGUGUAUAAGUAAUCUGUGCCGUCUUAUUUUAGAAC